AUGAGGAGUGAACCGCUCCUUGGACCCGUUGCUGAACAGACCCCGCUCUUUCAAGCCAGGAGAUUCAGCGGCUGGGGUAGGUCGAAGGGAAAGAGAAGGACACUGCUGCUCAAACUGCGCGAGGCCUUUGAUGGGAGGAUCCCCUCUGACGUAAGUUUGGAGAUUCUUAUGCCUUGUGGGAAUAAACUGGUCCCACCCAGACUUGGCAAAGGCCAGCUGUUAGAUGCUUCCAUGGUGCACAAGAUCUUCAUAAGAUCUCCAGUGUAUGUGAGACCAUCAGUGGCCCUUGAGCCUGUGAUACAAGAAGACUCUGAUACAAGCACAGAAGAAGAUGAGUGGGUGAAAGAGGAGGAUGUAUUUGUCCCAGCCACCGCAAAUUCCCGGGUUUCAGACAGAAACCCACAGGGAGUCCAAACCCGCUCAUCCCAGCCCUCCACAAGUGGCCAGAUCCUCCGUCACUGGCCAGACCCUAGAGUUCAAGUUGAUGUUUCAGCAACUGCUAAUACCCAAGAUUCAGGCAGCAACCCAGAUGUGCAAACCCCCUCAUCCCAGCCCUCAACAAGUGGCCAGAUCCUCCAUCACUGGCCAGACCCUAGAGUUCAAGUUGAUGUUUCAGCAACUGCUAAUACCCAAGAUUCAGGCAGCAACCCAGAAGAUGUGCAAACCCCCUCAUCCCAGCCCUCCACAAGUGACCAGACCUUAAGACAGUGGCAAAAUGAUUAUGGAACUUAUGUGAAUUUGAUAAAUGAGACAACAGAUGAUGAGGAUGAUGAUGACCUGUACAAUGCUAUUAUUGCCAGCAUUAAGGAGAAGACGCAGCCAAAAGAACAGGUCCCCAUCAGUGAAAUACUGGGUGAACUCGGUGACCAAAUUGAUAACACUCAAGGAACCACAGAGGAGGCUGUAGACCUUGGUGGCCCUCGCAGAGAGUUUCUGCGUUUGUUGAUAAAAGCAUUGGCAGAUUCAGACAUUUUUAGUGGACCAGAGGGAAAUCUCAACUUGGCUCUAAGUGCUUCUGCUGUGCGGGAUGACAGAUAUUUCAUCGCUGGCAGAGCAAUAGCUGUCAGUCUGGUGCAUGGAGGUCCUCCACCUUGUUUCCUCUCAAGAACGCUGUUUACCUGUUUAACAGAGGGACCUGAUGCAUGCUGUCCUGUGCUGGAGGACAUCACAGACAUUGACCUCUACAGUCAACUAAAAAAGAUCUCUGAAGCCAAAACACUGAAGGAGCUGCAGCAGUUUGCAGAACCACUCACUGAUUACCUAGCCAAUGCUGGCUGCUUGAGACCACUCACAAGCCUGGCUGACAAGGACAAACUAGUGGAAGAUGUCCUCAUGUUUCAAGUGGUCCAGCGUGUCCAUGGUCCCCUGGAAAGGUUUUCUGAUGGACUCAAAACACUUGGAGUCCUCCAGAAAAUGAAACUUCAUCCUGAAGCCUUUCGUCCAGUCAUGUGCUACAGCCCUGGAACCCUGACUGCUGAAAUUAUGGAAGAGCUGUUUGACAUAAGAUGGUCAGAGGUGGGAAGUAACAACAGGGCAGAUGAAAACAGGGUGGUAGCCUAUUGGAGGGACUACUUGCAGGAUGCUGAAGAGGAGGAAGGACCUGCAAAGCUGGGAGACAUCUUGGCAUUUGCAACAGGAUGCCAUGUGGCGCCCCCUAUUGGUUUUUGUCCAGAACCAUCGCUAGAAUUCCAGAGAGGGAGAUACCCAAUAGCAAACACAUGUAUAAACUGUCUCAAAAUACCUCUCCAUAAGUCCUAUGAUGACUUCAAAAGAAACAUGGACUUUGCAAUCCAAAACACUCAGGGUUUUGGAAUGGAGUAAAAAUUCUUACCAUUCAUAGUGAGAAACUGUCUUGAGUUCUUGGUGUUCAAAAUUAUGUCAUGCCACACACCUGUUUGGUUGUCAUUUACAGGAGUAUGACAUUUCUGACAUCAGUAUUUGCACUUAAAAAGUAUGUGUUGCAUUUCUUGAAACAGUUUUAGUGUUAAAAGUUUUAUUACAUUAGGACUGAAAUUCAAAUGUGGUAUCAGAACAUGUCAACUGUUUCAUUGUUACUUUGCAUUUCAUAGUAUCUUGUGCUAAUGUGAAUUUAUUUUUUUGGACAAAGUAAGUAAAUAUCUGGCAGUGGAAUUUGCAGUUGCAGAGAACAGUAACAAGAAACAAUUUGUAGUUGUAGAAUGUAUCUUAUCUCAGAAAACAACAUAAAUUAAUUCAUUACGGUCAUCUUCGUGAGCUUUGAUUGAUCAUUAAAGUCUUACCUCUGAACAGUACUCACCUCUCUGGCUCUACAAUUACAAAUCACUUGCACCACAUCUCAAAAUGAUUGCACAAAUUUGAAAUGAGUUUCUUAAUUUGACAUUUAGA